GGUUCUUUGACUUGUCGUUCACUACGCCCGCAUCGCAGACGCAGAUUUCUCACUUCUCCGCUCAUGCUCUCAUCGACGAACACAGUGAAUUCGUGAAGUGAGUAACAUCGAUCUCGUGGGUUGGUCUGCAAGCAACAUCUCGAUCCCUCUCGGUCCGUCGUCUUCCGCAGGUAAUCGGAUUUUUAGGCCUCACUGCCUCAGCUUCAAAGUCGACAGCGAAUAGGGUUUUUAAGGAGCUAAAAAAAUGUCCAAAGUUCGAGCAAUAUGGCAAGCUUCUUUAACUGCCACUAAAAGAGCUCUUUCAUGGAAUGUUGAUGACAUGUUUCCUCCUAGUGAGAGAUUUAUAUACAACUUUAAUUCCAAAGAAGAGCUUAAAAAAUGGCAUUUAUAUUCAGAUUCUGAAUAUGGAGGUUUAUCAUCAGCAGCAUUGGAGGUUACUGAUGCUGGAAAUGAACAGAGGGGUGGCACUGGAGUAUUCUCUGGGAAUCUUUCUCUGGAUGUUACCGAUGGUACAAAAUGGAAUAUUAGCCGGAGUGGAUUCUGUGGAAUGAGGUCUAAAAAGUUUGACGGGUUUAUCGAUUUAGACCCCUACGAUACCAUAGCACUAAAAGUUAGAGGAGAUGGGAGGAGUUAUAUAUCCACUAUUUAUACAGAAAAUUGGGUGAAUUCGCCUGGACAAAUGGAAGAUAAUUCAUGGCAAGCUUUUGUGUCUGUGCCUAAACAUGAUUGGGUUGUUGCAAAGAUUCCAUUGGCGCAUUACCUUCCAACAUGGAGAGGGAAUGUAAUUGAGGCGGAUAUAGAAAUGAAUCCAUCAAGAGUUGUUGGAAUGUCAUUCUCUGUGAAUGCUGAAGGUGGUGUACCUGGUGCUCAAACUGGUCCGGGUGAUUUCAGAUUGGAAAUAGAUUGGAUCAAAGCCUUGAGAACACAAUGAAUUAAAAAACAAAUAUAUAUAUAAAAAUAUAACACUUUUCUGUUUUUAGUAUAAUAAUAUCAACAUAGGAACUUACCAUGAGUGUAUUAACCUUGUAGUAAUUGUAUCUUAUAUUUAAGAUCAAAUGAAAUAAAAUCCACACUUGUAUGUUAUAUCCGGAUUAUUUAUCAUUAGGGAAGUUGUGCAUAUUUAUUGUGCGAUAUCUUUGGUGGAUGGAAAUUUCCUUUUAUAAAUUAAUUUUAUUAUUAGUAUUUGUCUUGAUGAUAAAAUCUAGUAUAACACGUUAAUAGAUAUGAAAUGUACAUGUUUUCUAUAUUUUGAAAUAAGCGUAAUGCUCAUUUAAUGUAUAUAAAUCCCCAAUAAUUGAGCAGAUAAGUUAUGUAGAUGCAUGCACAGUUUUAGAAGCAUAUGACAAAUUGGAUGAUUGGAGUUAAGAGUUAUGUUCCUAACCAUUCUACGAUUUUCUAUAUUCCUCCAAGGCUCAAGAAAUAUCGAAUACUUGAAAUUAUCCCAAUUUCAAUCAAUAGAAAUCGUAUCACGGUAAGUAUUCACACAAUCAUUGAAGUUUUUAUUAUUAUACUCACUUGAAAAAGAUGUAAUCCUUUGGUGAAGUGCCAUUUUUCAUGUUUACUAAAUAUUUUUAUUUCCAACAUCGUAGGUGGGUGUAGACAAAGGGUGAGCUCGGUGCGGUUAUUGGUCAAAACCUAUCAUUAAUCGCAGAUACGGUUAAUCCAUUUUCAACAGUGUGUACUUAGACGGUUAUUUUUGCGGUGCAAUUUUGUUCUUUGUGAUUCGGUUAUUAACCGCAUGGAUUUUGUGCAUUUAUUUUGUGUGGUUUUUAACUGUAGUUAAAAGUUCAAACAGUUUUAAAAGUUC